AUGGUAUUCUCAUAUCGUCAGAGUAUUCUAUACUUUUUUACUACAUUGAUCAUUUCCGUUAUUGGUCAAAAUACAUGUGAAGAUUUUUCUGCUGAUCAAGAUUGUACAAAAUUUAUUCGAUGUUUUCAUAAUUUACGUAUUAAAUUUACAUGUCCUCCUGGUACAGCAUGGGAAGAUACAUUAAAAACAUGUGCAUGGAAAGAAUAUGUUGAAUCAUGUAAUGCACAAAGUCCAGGAGAUGAACGUAAACUCGCUGAUAGUACAAUCGAAACAUAUGAAGCUGAUCGAAAUGCUCUGGAUGAUAUUCCAAUUGGUCAAACAUUAGCUGAAGCACGAGCACUUGGUCCAAUAAAAACACCUAAACGAUAUCAAUGUACAUUCUGUAUUGUUGGUACUUGUGGUGUUGUCGGUAAUACUAUUCAAUGUUUUUGUGGUACUAAUCAAUGUUCAUCAGCAACAGCGCCACCGCAAUCACGAGGUCCAUGUGAUCAAAAUCCAUGUUUAAAUGGUGGCCAAUGUAUUCCAAAUGGGCCAGGAUUUCUUUGUAAUUGUCCAGCGACAUUUGUUGGUAAUCGUUGUGAAGCUCCAGCUGCUACACCAUGUCAACCGAAUCCAUGUCAAAAUGGGGGAAUAUGUACAGCUCAAGGUACAUCAUUUGUAUGUCGGUGUCCAGCAACAUGGACUGGUCGUUGUUGUGAAAUCCGAGUAACAACUACAACACCAUUUAAUCCAUGUGCUCAAUCACCAUGUCGAAAUGGGGGACAAUGUAUUCCGUCAGGGACAUCAUAUCUUUGUCAAUGUCCUACAGGAUUUUAUGGUACACGAUGUGAAAUGCGAAACUAUUGUAUGCCAAAUCCAUGUGCUAAUAAUGGUUUUUGUGAACAAACAACUACCGGUUAUAUUUGUACAUGUUCUUAUCCAUAUACUGGUACCAAUUGUCAACAAAUUAUAACUACAACAGUAGCUACUACAAUAGCUACACGAGCACCAUGUAAUGUAUGUCCAUGUGUAAUGACACCAUGUCCAACAACUGUUGUAACAAAUCCAUGUAUGCCAAAUCCAUGUCAAAAUGCAGGAGCAUGUGGAGUUCAAAAUCAUAUAGCACGAUGUUGGUGUACGCCUUAUCAGGCUGGUUAUUAUUGUCAAUAUCCUCGUAGUGGUCGUUCAUUAAUAUCAAAAACAUGUAAUAAGACAUGUCUCAAUGGUGGCAAUUGCUACAUAGAUGAAAAAAGUGGUCAAGCUCGAUGCUCAUGUUCAAAUGAAUAUUAUGGAACCAAAUGUGAAUUUAUUAAUCGACCAAAAUCAUGUUCACCAAAAAAUCCAUGUAUGAAUAAGGCAAAAUGUAUUACAACAAAAUCUGGUUCACAAUGUAUAUGUCAAAAGGGUACAUCGGGUGUUUUAUGUGAAAAAAUUCAACGAUCAAAUAUUAAACAAUAUUGUUCACUAGAUUGUCAAGCUGGUGGUACAUGUGUUUAUAUAAAAUCACAACCUAAAUGCCGUUGUCCAAAAGGUCGAACAGGUCGUUUAUGUGAAACACGUACUGGUAAAUCAUUAUCGAAUGAUGAAGAUGAAAUUGAUAUGUUGUAA